AUGGGGCAGACCAAUGUAACCUCCUGGAGAGAUUUUGUCUUUCUGGGCUUCUCCAGUUUUGGGGAGUUACAACUCCUGCUCUUUGCCUUGUUCCUCUUUCUGUAUCUCUUCACCCUGACCAGCAAUGUCUUCAUUAUCAUAGUCACCAGGCUGGAUAGCCAUCUGCACACACCCAUGUACCUCUUCCUUUCCUUCCUAUCCUUCUCCGAGACCUGCUACACUUUGGGCAUCAUCCCUAGGAUGCUCUCUGGCCUGGCUAUGGGGGACCAGGCUAUCUCCUAUGUGGGCUGUGCUGCCCAGAUGUUCUUCUCCGCCUCAUGGGCCUGUACUAACUGCUUCCUUCUGGCUGCCAUGGGUUUUGACAGAUAUGUAGCCAUCUGUGCCCCACUGUACUAUGCCAGCCGAAUGAAUCCCACCCUCUGUGCCCAGCUAGUUGGCACCUCCUUCCUGAGUGGAUACUUCUUUGGACUGGCAAUGACACUGGUUAUUUUCCACCUCUCAUUCUGCAGCUCCCAUGAGAUCCAGCACUUUUUUUGUGACAUGCCACCUGUGCUGAGCCUAGCCUGUGGGGAUACAGGCCUGAGUGAGCUGGGAAUCCUCAUCCUCAGUCUUUUGGUCCUCUUGGUCUCCUUCUUCUUCAUCACCAUCUCCUACACCUUCAUCUUGGUGGCAAUACUGAAGAUCCCCUCUGCUGAGGGGCAGAAGAAGGCCUUCUCCACUUGUGCCUCACACCUCACAGUGGUCAUUAUUCACUAUGGCUGUGCCUCCUUCAUGUACUUGCGGCCCAAAGCCAGCUACUCUCUUGAGAGAGACCAGCUUAUUGCCGUGACCUAUACUGUAGUGACCCCUCUCCUCAACCCUGUUGUUUAUAGUCUAAGGAAUAGGGCUGUACAGACAGCUCUGAGGAAUGUUUUCAGAGGGAGAUUGCUGGGUAAAGGAUGA